AUGGUGGGCUUGACCGCCGACUGGUACCAUCAGUGGGCGGAAUCUUCCGCUUGGUGGCUACCAAGACAGUGGGAAGAUUAUAUGAGGAGCAUGGACAGUGGCGCUUGGAAGGAGGGAGAAAGCUCGAAACCGCAAGGAACUGGGCGGGCGCGCGUUGAGGCCGAAGUGAUUCCUCCUCACCAAUUACCGAUCGGUACAAAUGAUCAAAGUAAUAUCGGCUAA